AUGCCAGCUGGUACACUUGAAGUGAUUGUUGCCGAAGGACGUCAUCUUAAAGAUGAGGAUACUUUAGGUCAAAAUGAUGCCUAUGUUGAACUUUACUUAGAUAAAAAAUAUAAGCAACGUACAACUACAAUUUCGAACUCGAAUAAUCCAACAUGGAAUCAACAUUUUACAUUUAAUCUUCAAAAACACGAUGAUGAUAUACAUUUUCAUGUUUAUGAUGCUGAUGUUGUUGGUCGAGAUUCAAUUGGCAACUGUAAAGUAAAAUUGAAACAUGUUUUUGACGAUGGAAAAUUUGAUGAAUGGGUAAAAUUACCAGCUAACUUAGGUUUAUCAUCCCAUGGAGAAAUUCAUAUUAUUAUGCAUUUUAAACCAUCUUAA